GGCCGCUCCGUCCCGGUUCUCCCCGGGGACACGGCCUGCACCCCUUCUGGCCGCGCCCGAUGGAGCCGGGGAUAGGUGGCCGCAAAGACGUCACGGCGGCAGGAUUGCCUCAGGUGAUCGCACCCGUGCCAUUUCACCGGGCACCGCGGACGAGGGUGUGCCCGGGAAUGGAAUUUGACCCUCUGACGCACCCUGGAUCGAUUAAAUCAUUCCACCGAGUCCCUGAGCUUUCGCUCCUCAUCGCCAGAGGUACAAAGUGUACGCAAGGUUUGCCCCCCCAGGGGAGGGCACGGCUGGUGCUCUCCGGGAGGAGCUGGCAAGGAUGGUGUGAGCCCGGCGGCCACACGCAAAUCCUACCGCUGUGCGAGCUGCGAGACAGCGGCGGGCUGGGCUGGAGCAGGAGGAGUUAGUCAGGGGCUGAGUCACGAUUGGGUUUGCCCGCGGGAUGACAUCUAAGGAUGCUUCAGGUAAAGCUAAUAGUAACUGGAGAUGACUUCGGCUAUUGCCCUCGGAGAAACCAAGGCAUCGUGGACUGUUUCCUGGCUGGUGCGGUAUCUAAUGUGUCCCUUCUAGUCAACGGAAGUGCUGCAGCAGAUGCAGCCAAGCUGGCAAGGAGAUAUAACAUCCCAAUAGGCCUGCAUGCCAACCUCUCUGAGGGCUCUCCUGUAUGUGAGGUGCUCAAGACAAACUCUUCUCUGCUCAACCAAGAUGGAUUCUUCCAUGGAAAAAUGGGAUUCAGAACAGCUCUAUCAAAAGGUCUCCUGAAUAUGUCAGAGGUGAAGCAGGAGCUAAAGGCCCAGGUGGAGCUGUUCCAUGAGCUGACAGGUCACCUACCUCCUCACAUGGAUGGACACCAGCAUGUCCAUGUUCUCCCAGAGGUGAGGCAUGUAUUUGCAGAGGUGUUAGAGGAAUAUGGGAUUAAGUACACACGUGUCCCCAUAGAGCCAGGCCUUCAUAACUGUGACUGGAUUCCACCAUCCCUGAUGGACUUUUACCUGGGAGUAGAAGAAGAUUCUUUUAACACAGUGGAUGUGUUUACAAAGCAUGGAAUAAGGUGGCCAGACAUUUACAUAGGCCUGAGCACCAUGGGCAGGAACAUGUCUGUCAGCAGCAUCCGCAGCGCCAUCGACAGCGCCGUGCUGCAGCUCAGGGCCGAGGCAGCGCAGAGCGGCACAGUGACCAUCGAGCUGAUGGUGCACCCAGGCUACCCCAGCGUCCCACCCGUCGGUGGCUGUGGGGAAGGACCAGAUGAUUUCUCACAGUCCUGGGAACGCCUCCAUGAACUCCAGACAUUAAUUAAGCCAGAGCUGCAGAGCUAUUACAAAAACAGGAACAUUCAGCUGUGCUCAUUCAAAGAUCUUUAAAUAAAUGAGCAGACAUCCAUCCAAAUUCUCUGAAGACACUGAUGUCCAGAGAAGCCAGAUCACUGUUAUCAGUGUCACAGGCUCUGGUACAGCUCACAGGAGCUGUGAACAGCCUGGGAAUGGACACCACCACCCUGUGAGCAGCUCCAGGCAGUACCCCAGAGCCCCAGCUGCCACUUUUAAGGCCACAACAUCUGCUCGAAAAGUGCCAAACUCCUUCUGUGACACCCCCUCCACAGUGCAGCACACACUCCCAGGGCUCAGUUCCUGCCAGCAAAGGAGCAGCACAGCACCCGGAGGGGCCUGAUCAUUUCUCCUUUCAGACUCGAUUGCAAAACAAGAACCCUGCUGGGGAGCGGGUGCUGCUUUGGAGCACCCAUUCAGUGUAGGCCACCCACAGGAAACCCGGACACCUUCAGCAUUUGGUUCUCUGAAAGCAGCCAGUCCCUGCCCCUCCACUCGUACCUGCUCUCCGGCAGUGAGGGCUGCAGGGACGCGUCACCUCAGAGCCUUCCUCUGGUCGGAGCAGUCGGGUUACACGUGGCACAAUGGGGUCUGCAGCCACCUCAGCCGGCAGGAAUUGUCUCUGCCUGUUUUACGUUGCCUCUUGGUGUUAAGCCCCGCCUAGGAAAGUAACAUCAGCUGUAGCUCGUUAGGAGAGGCUUCUUAUUUUUUGGAUGACUUUGCAGGCACAGCAACUCUUGAUCCAUCUGCUAUUUCAGUAACUGCUGUGUAUGAGACCAGCAGCAACUGGUCCUGCACCACCCACUGCCCCUCAGGACAACCGUGAGCAUGGCUGCGAGUGGAGAAGGUCCCUGUAUUUGUCCCUUUUAUUCCUGUCACCAGAGCAUUCGAACUCAAACAAGCCCCAGUAGUGCUGAUAUGUUCUUAACUGCAGCCCUGUCAUUCCUGUAAGGACUUUCACAUGGGGAAAAAAUAUUGUAGAUUGUUUAUACUCAAUUCUCUGCACAAGAGUGAUCUAUUUAACAUAAUUGGUUUUGUUAACAAUAUUUUUUAAUAUAAAAUCAUCAUUAUUCUUUUAAAUCAAAAAUAAACUCAGACCUUUUCUAUUGCAA